AUGACUGCAGUACAACAAGUUACUAUACCCGUCAUAGAUUUCUCAUUCCUCACUUCCGGUUCUCCUGAUCAACGGUCAAAAGUCAUUGAAGAUCUUCGAAAUGCAUGUCAAGAUUGGGGAUUCUUCAUGGUGAUGAAUCAUGGAGUUCCUGUAAGUUUGAAGAAGGAAUUGAUGGAUUCAUGUAAGGAUUUCUUCGACUUGAGCCCAGAAGAAAAGUCAGCUUAUCGUGGAAAUCACGUAAUUUGGACCCACGUAAUUUGGACCAUGGAUGGAACUGAUAAUAUGUUGGACCACAAUAUUCCUGCGGCCGAGAGUGUCUCAUUUUGGAGGGAUCAACUUAAGGUGUGGGUGCAUCCAAUUUUUGAUUCCCCUCCUAAACCAGAGGGACUGAGUAAGAUCUUAUGUGAGUAUACCAAAAGAACUAGAGAAAUAACGAAAGAAUUGUUGAAAGCCAUAAUGGAGGGGCUAGAAUUUGAGGAAGAUGAGAUAGAAAUGUCAUUAAAACAAAAAUCUGGGGCUCAAAUAUUUUCCGCCAAUCAAUACCCUCCUUGUCCACAACCAGAACUUGCCAUUGGUUUGCCACCCCAUACCGAUAACGGCAUUCUAACUCUACUCGUUCAGAACGACAUUGGUGGAUUACAAAUCAAGAACAGGGGAAAUGGGAGUAACAAUGUCGUUCUGAACGAGUUGAUUAUUCUAACUCUACUCGUUCAGAACGACAUUGGUGGAUUACAAAUCAAGAACUGGGGGAAAUGGGAGUAA